CCUCUCCUGGAGAUUCUCCCCACCUAGAGAUUCAUCUAAAGACUCUAGCUUUGUGCUAAGUUUAAUGGAAACUUGUUUAAAUCUACUCGUAGUCUAUCUCUCAGAUCUGCUAAGUGAAGAUUUUCAUGUCUCUCCUUUGAAGGAUUUCCUGCCAUGGCAGUGUUUCAUCUCCACCUCUAGCCUUGUGCUAAGUACCUACAAUGCUUUACUAAAGCGUUUGCCACAGAUUAAUCCCCCAAAAGAGAAUCUGUGUAAGGGGAAGAACUUUCAAAAGAUUUGGUAUGACAUGUUUCUUGAAGAAGAUGAAGAGGAUGUGAAUGACUCCACGUUUGCUGCUAAGUUCACUUAUUCAUUCCGGAUUACAAAUCCGAGAUCUUUCUCAAAUCCUCAGAAAUUUUGUUAUCUUGUUGUGGGUUCGGAUGAACUUGAUUCUCCAGCUAUGGUGAUGGAGUCUGGUCUUUGGGAUGCACAUUCCCAUGAGGUUAACGAAGACGUCAUCGAAGGAAAACGGGUUACCAAAGGGUUGGCUCAAGCUUCUCUUCUCGCCCCGACCAGAUCCCGAGUCGUUCAUGACAUCCUCCUUCAUGGAGAGAAACUUCUCAUCAAUAACCAAUCUUUAUUUUGCAUACCGGAACUCCAUCUCUUACGAUCUGGCGAUCAUCGGAUCUAUUCCCACUUCGACCGUGACACUAGAGAUCUGUUCCAAUUGCUAUCUUCCUGCCACCGUGAUAUUUCUCACCGGAGCAGAGACGCGCUCCGAUUCAUCAACGACGCCACACCAACCUCGUCUCUCAAUGAUCCAGCUUGGAAAACCCUAACCCUUUCAUGGGCCUGGGACAUCCUCUAUUUUGUUGUCGUCGGCCCUUUCUUUAAGUUUAAAUUGAGUUCAAGUGGUGUACAUUUUCCUGGCCCAUUUGCAAGCCAUUUCUCUUGGUCUGGCCCAAAUAGCAGAGUCACCCAUUUGGAAAUGAUAAUUAUCAACUUCCUCCACCGUGGAGAGACUAUUACCAUAUUUCUAUCAAGGCAAGGCGGAUUCGUCAAAGAAAAGGACCAAUAGAAAUGUAGUUUAUUUCCUUCUUAAUGAAGUGUCCCUAUUAUU